CUAGAUGGAGGGUGGGGGGGAUCCCAGGGAGUCGCUGCAGAGGGAGGCCGGGCUGAGAUGAGCACAGCCCCAGGAUGACAACUGGUGGCAGCAGUGGGAUGUACUGCACCCUGUGGACAGAGCAUCCUGCAGUAAGUGACGGGGGAGCAGUAAAACGAACCGGGAUUGACGAGGACCAGAUGUGCUGAAGGCUCAGAGAGGAGCGGUUUCGGGGGGCGAAGGAGCCACGCUUAACCUCCGGGAGCGUGUGACCAUGAGAAGGACUCUUGUAGGAACGGGAUCCCCCUCAGGACUGCAGCGAGCGGUCCCAGGGGCGGAGGAGUCUGCAGCUCGACCCUGGCAAAGAGGUGGUGACCUCGAGAAGGGCUGGCACACAAGGGGUUCUCCCUGGAAACCGUGGGGAGCUGAGAGCACACAGGCCUGCAAGUCCACAACACCUGGGAAGAGCGGAGUGAGGGCCUGUCACCGUCUCCUUAAGCAGGACCUGGUGGAGCUGUGCAGGCAGACGGGGCUGCACCGUGGAAGAUUCACCAAGGCGCAGCUGAUUGCCCGCUUGAAAGAGGAGAAUCACUCUAAAGAGCCAGUUCCUGACCCAGCUGGGGCCCCGAGAGAGGCUGGGAACCAGGCGGCCCCAGGGCUCACCUGAACCACUGACCCAACUGGGGAUGCAGGAGGGGCUGAAAGCAGCCAGGCAGCCCCAGGACCCACCUACCUGACCAGCAGGGGAUCUUCAUGGCCAAGUUCCCCAUUGGUGGAGCUGAGACAGUUGGAGUUGGAAAUGGAACUGACAGAGCUGGAGGACCGGGAGGAGGACCGGAAGGAGGAACGGGAGGACCGUGAGAAGGACCGGGAGGAGGAACGGCAGGACCGGGAGAAGGACCAGGAGGAGGAAUGGCAGGACCCGGAGAAGGACCGGGAGGAGGAACGGGAGGACCGUGAGAAGGACCGGGAGGAGGAACGGCAGGACUGGGAGAAGGACCGGGAGGAGGAAUGGCAGGACCCGGAGAAGGACCGGGAGGAGGAACGGCAGCACCGGGAGGAGGAACGGCAAGACCGGGAGAAGGAUCGGGAGGAGGAAUGGCAGGACCGGGAGAAGGAUCGGGAGGAGGAAUGGCAGGACCGGGAGGAGAAACGGCAGGACCGGGAGGAGGAACGGCACGACCGGGAGAAGGACCGGGAGGAGAAACAGCAGGACCCGGAGAAGGACCGGGAGGAGGAACGGCAGGACCCGGAGAAGGACCGGGAGGAGGAACGGCAGGACCGGGAGAAGGACCGGGAGGAGGAACGGCAGGACCGGGAGAAGGACCGGGAGGAGGAACGGCAGGACCGGGAGAAGGACCGGGAGGAGGAACAGCAGGACCGGGAGAAGGACCGGGAGGAGGAACGGCAGGACCCGGAGAAGGACCGGGAGGAGGAACGGCAGGACCCGGAGAAGGACCGGGAGGAGGAACGGCAGGACCGGGAGAAGGAUCGGGAGGAGGAACGGCAGGACCCGGAGAAGGACCGGGAGGAGGAACGGCAGGACCGGGAGGAGGAACGGCACGACCGGGAGAAGGACCGGGAGGAGGAACGGCAGGACCAGGAGAAGGACCGGGAGAAGGACCGGGAGGAGGAACGGGAGGACCCGGAGAAGGACCGGGAGGAGGAACGGCAGGACCAGGAGAAGGACCGGGAGAAGGACCGGGAGGAGGAGGAGGGAGGACCCGGAGAAGGACCGGGAGGAGGAACGGACCGGGAGGAGAAACAGCAGGACCCGGAGAAGGACCGGGAGGAGGAACGGCAGGACCCGGAGAAGGACCGGGAGGAGGAACAGCAGGACCGGGAGAAGGACCGGGAGGAGGAACAGCAGGACCGGGAGAAGGACCGGGAGGAGGAACGGCAGGACCGGGAGAAGGACCGGGAGGAGGAACAGCAGGACCGGGAGGAGGAACGGCAGGACCCGGAGAAGGACCGGGAGGAGGAACGGACCCGGGAGGAGGAACGGCAGGACCGGGAGGAGGAACGGCACGACCGGGAGAAGGACCGGGAGGAGGAACGGCAGGACCAGGAGAAGGACCGGGAGAAGGACCGGGAGGAGGAACGGGAGGACCCGGAGAAGGACCGGGAGGAGGAACGGCAGGACCAGGAGAAGGACCGGGAGAAGGACCGGGAGGAACGGGAGGACCCGGAGAAGGACCGGGAGGAGGAACGGCAGGACCAGGAGAAGGACCGGGAGGAGGAACGGCAGGACCGGGAGAAGGACCGGGAGGAGGAAUGGCAGGACCGGGAGAAGGACCGGGAGGAGGAACGGCAGGACCGGGAGAAGGACCGGGAGGAGGAACGGCAGGACCUGAGAGACAGAGGCAGCAUGAACUGGCGAUGGCGGAGCAGAAAUACCUCUGCCGUGGUGCGUGGGGAUGGGCCCAGGGGAGCUAAGCCCGCAGGGAACCCCAAUACCAAAGUGGUGCCUCGGUUUAAGGAAGGGGAUGACAUCGGCGCCUCCCUCACUGCCUUUGAGGAGGCCGCAAUGUGCCCAGUCGACCUGCAGACCAGCUUUGGCGUCUCGCCCCCUUCCUGGGACCCACAGCCCUAG